AUGCUCGUCACCGAUCGAAGUAGGGUGUGUAUCCUUGUUGGACUCUUCAUCAGCUUCGUCUCGCUGCUAUUAAUUGUAUAUUACAACUUUCCUGAAAUGGAAGAAAGGCACCGAAAGGACUUCAAAUAUCCCAGAAGCUUGGAAGAUGCGAAAAGUCUUGGAAGAGUCCUACUCCAUUAUCGGGAUGAACACAUCCUAACAGUUUUCUUCGGAGUAGUAGUAGUCUAUAUUAUGCUUCAGUCGUUUGCCGUUCCAGGAUCGAUUUUUCUGACCAUAUUGUCUGGUUAUCUCUUCAAUUUCUUUGUUGCUUUACUUCUUGUGUGCACAUGCUCUGCCACAGGAGCCUCAAUAUGUUACCUGCUGUCGUAUCUGUUUGGCCGCGACAUCGUACUGCGUAAAUUCCCAGAUCGAGUUCGAAAAUGGCAAGAAGACAUUGCUAGUCACAGGGACAAUCUGCUCAGUUACAUAAUUUUUCUACGGAUCGAGCGGAUGCCAACCGCUCAACGAGUGCGACGAGAUGCAAAUUCGUACGGUGAGGCAUGUCGUCCGGCGUGGCUUGACCAGUCUAAGCAGUAG